AUUUCAGUAAUUUUGUUGUAAUGAACAAAUAAUGGUGGUGGGCCCAUGCAAGCGAAGAAAAUUCUCCAAUUAAUCUAUAUUGGUCGGCCUAAAAAAUUGUCUUGUUUAAUUUCAUAAUUUGCAUUUGGGCGGUUAUAUUAUAUUAUAAAAUUUUAAUAUUUAUUUAUUUAAUUAAUAAUUUGUGUAGAGUUCAAUUUUAAUACUUGCACUCUCCCACCAAUAAAUAGCCAUCCCUCUCCACUCCACUACUCACUCCCACCUCUCCUCUGCAACACUACACACACACUAAUCACCCUCCGAAACACGCACAUCAAUGGCAAAGGACGUCGAGUGCGCUGAUCCGCCGGCGGGAUUCUCAGCCAAGGACUACCACGAUCCGCCUCCAGCGCCGCUCUUCGAUUGCGGCGAGCUCACCCAGUGGUCCUUCUACAGAGCUCUAAUCGCCGAGUUCAUCGCCACUCUCCUCUUCCUGUACGUUACCGUGUUGACGGUCAUCGGCUACAAGGUCCAGAGCGACGCCGUCCACGGCGGCGACCAGUGCGGCGGAGUCGGAAUUCUCGGCAUCGCAUGGGCAUUCGGCGGCAUGAUUUUCAUCCUCGUUUACUGCACCGCCGGUAUCUCCGGAGGGCACAUAAAUCCGGCGGUGACGUUUGGGCUGUUUUUGGGGAGGAAGGUGUCGCUAAUUAGGGCUGUGCUGUACAUGGUAGCACAGUGCCUCGGUGCAAUCUGCGGCGUAGGUUUGGUGAAAGCAUUCCAGAAAUCUUACUACGUCCGGUACGGCGGCGGAGCCAACACCCUCGCUCAUGGGUACAACACCGGCGUAGGUUUGGGUGCAGAGAUCAUCGGCACCUUCGUUUUGGUGUACACUGUUUUCUCUGCCACUGACCCCAAGAGGAACGCACGUGACUCCCACGUGCCUGUGUUGGCCCCACUUCCGAUUGGAUUUGCUGUGUUCAUGGUACACCUGGCAACAAUACCCAUCACCGGCACCGGAAUCAACCCAGCCCGGAGUUUCGGCGCCGCCGUGAUAUUCAACAAUGACAAGGCGUGGGAUGACCAGUGGAUAUUCUGGGUCGGACCAUUCGUCGGAGCUGCCAUUGCUGCCUUCUACCACCAAUUCAUCUUGAGGGCGGCCGCCAUUAAAGCUCUUGGAUCUUUCAGAAGCCAUGCUUAAGAUUUAAAUGAAAAUUCAGUGAUGAAUAAUAAGAAUUCCCAUCAAAAUUGUAGAUAAUUUUCUCCCUAUUGUUGUUGUUGCUUUCAUUUUUUUUUUCUCUUUUUUUUUUCUUUCAGGUUUGGUUGUAUUUCUGUGAGGCUUGAUUUUAAUAAUUAUCAGUUUCUUUUCUCAAAUAUAUAUGAAGAAUCCAAUAU